AUGGAAGCCCAUCCGACCUGCCCCGCCAUCCCUCCUGGUCCAAUCGCGGCACCACAGCCGCCACCCUCCACCACCACCACCACCCCGCCGCACCCAAUCGCUGCACCACAGGAGCCAGCCGCCGCCGUCGCCGUCACCACUGUACGCUCUCCCCACCCCGCGUCGUGGUUCGUGGAGCCGUUCGCGGCGGCGGCCGCCGACCUCCGCGUGCCGUGGCCCGCCGUCGUGGCCACCCUCGUCUGCUUCGCCGCGUUCUUCUGCGCAUCCGUCCUCCUCUUCGGGUCCUUCUUCAUGCUCCGGCAGCCGCCCGGCGCCGCCGCUGUCAUGCCCGCACAGUGGAAGGGGGUCAGGGCCGUCGCCGCCGUCUUCGCCGCGGUGGUGGUCGGGGUCGCCACCUGCCUUGUUGCCACCGGCGCAUCCGCGGAUGUGUAUGUCGGUAUGCACCAGCUCGUUGCUGAAUAG